UUGUAAUAUAAAUCUGAAUGGAUGGAUGUUGAUCAAUUGUCCAUGAACAAUACGAAUAAUAGCAUCAAUAACAGCGACGAAAAAGAUAAUAGCAGCAAGCAGGACAGUCAACAUGUUGUGCGCGGUGAAAAUCAUGAUAAAAGCAUGAGUGUUGGCCCAACAGCUGAUUCAUCCGGACAUGAUGACGAUGAUGAUGAAAGCGAUGGCAGUGAUGAAUCAGGUUCCGAAUUAUCUAGCCAUUCAUCAUCUGGUUCAUCUUCCACAUCAUCAUCAUCAUCUGGAUCAUCCGAUGAUUCUUCCAAUGAUUCGGAUAGUGAUAAAUCAAGUAUAAAACAACAAAAAACAAAUAAUACUACGAUAAAUGCACCUAAAGUUACUGCAAAAAAUGAGUCAGAUGAUAAUGAAACUAUUGAAACGAUAGCGCCACAUACGUUACAAUCACAAUCGGUGAAUUAUGGUUGCAAUAAAGAAGAUAUACAACAGAUUUUGGAAAAUUUUCCCGAUGCUUUACGAAGAUCUUCACGUUCUCGAAAAGAACCAGAUCGAUUUCAAGCAGAAACAUACGGUGAUGAUUCUGAUGAUAGUGAUUCAAAAGCAAAACGAAGACAAAGAAAACGAAAAGACUCUGAUGAAUGGAAAAAUCGUAACCGUGUUGACAAUUAUGAUGACGAUGAUGAAGAUGACGACGAUGAUGAUACAGAUUCUGAAGAUUUCGAUUCUGAUCCAGAACAUCGAUCAUCGAAACGAUCAAGAAAUUUUAGAAAAAAUAGACAACGUCCACAGUCGAAUCGUCGAGCUAGCCAACGUGCCAUGGCAGCGACCAAAAAAUCUUUUUCUGAAUCCGAAAGUGAUGACGACGAUGAUGAAUCCAUCGGCCGUAGCCGUCGAAAUAGUUCUACGGGCAGUAGUAACCGGAAAAAAACAUCCAGACGUACUACAGUAAACCAGGCGAUAAGUUAUAAAGAAGAGUCGGAUUACACAGAUUCUGAUGAUCUGAUAGCAGAUACUAAUACAAAUGAGGAUGGUCAAAAUGGUUCUUCCCAGGUGAUAGAGUUUGAAGAAGAAGAAGGUGAAAUGAUUGAAAAAGUGCUCGAGCAUCGAAUGGGACGUUUGGGAGCCACUGGGCCUAAAACUGCUUCAUAUCAAAUUGAUGAAAAUGGUGAUCCGAAUGCUGGCUGUACUGAUGAUUCUGACGAGCCAAAAGAAAUACAAUUUCUGAUCAAAUGGAAAGGCUGGUCAUACAUUCAUUGUACUUGGGAAUCACGUCAAUCAUUGGAAGAGCAAAAAGCACGUGGUGUGAAAAAAAUCGAGCUUUACCAGAAACGCGAUGAAGAAAUUAGAAUAUGGAAAAAAACGGCAUCACCUGAAGACAUUGAUUAUUAUGAAGGUCAAGAAGAACUCAAUUCUCAACUUCGACAAUUACAUUUGAACGUCGAAAGGGUUAUUGCCCAUCAACCUCCCAAAAUCGGUGUUUCUGAAACCUGUUUUCCAGAAUACUUAUGUAAAUGGGAUGGAUUACCAUAUGGAGAAUGUACCUGGGAAGAUGGAGCCUUAAUAUCUAAAAAGUUUAAGUCAAAAGUUAAUGAAUAUUAUCAGAGAGAAAAAUCGCAAAACAUUCCGGCGAAAUAUUGCCGAGUGUUAAAACAACGACCAAAAUUUGUGCCCAUGAAAACGCAGCCAUCUUUUAUUGGUGGUCCUGAUCAGCUUAAACUUAGAGAUUAUCAACUGGAUGGACUUAAUUGGCUAGCCCAAUCUUGGUGUCGUGAUAAUUCAGUGAUUUUAGCCGAUGAAAUGGGCCUUGGUAAAACAAUUCAAACGAUAUCGUUUCUCAACUAUCUGUAUAAUCAUCAUCAACUUUUUGGUCCAUUCCUUUUGGUUGUUCCUUUAUCAACGCUGGCGGCAUGGCAAAAAGAAUUUGAAAAUUGGGCACCAUCAAUGAAUGUUGUCGUUUAUAUUGGCGAUGCAACCAGCCGCCAUAUGAUCCGUGAAUAUGAAUGGUAUUCGCAAGGCACUACCCAACGGAUAAAAUUCAAUGUUUUGCUGACCACCUAUGAGAUUUUGAUGCGUGAAAAAUCAUUGCUUGCAUUGGUUCCAUGGGCAGUGCUUGGCGUCGAUGAAGCACAUCGUUUAAAGAAUGAUGAAUCUUUUCUUUACAAAUGUUUGUCGACAUUUGAUACGAAUUUUAGACUUUUGAUUACUGGUACGCCUUUGCAGAAUUCACUUCGUGAACUAUGGGCAUUAUUGCAUUUUAUAAUGCCAAAUCGUUUUGACUCUUGGGAAUUUUUUGAAUCCGAACAUAAAGAUGCUUACCAGAAAGGUUUUAGCAAAUUACAUUCACAAUUGCAACAAUAUUUAAUUCGACGAGUUAAAAAAGAUGUCGAAAAAUCAUUGCCUGCCAAAGUGGAACAAAUUCUUCGAGUAGAUAUGACUUCUAUACAGAAACAAUUUUAUAAAUGGAUACUUACGAAAAACUAUAAAGCCUUAAGUAAAGGUGUAAAAGGAUCGGUAUCCAGUUUUACAAAUAUUGUGAUGGAGCUGAAAAAAUGCUGUAACCAUGCAAGCCUUGUACGACCAUUCGAUGAAUAUGCUAAUCUAGAUCCUCUUCAGCAGCUAAUCCGUGGAAGUGGUAAAUUAUUACUUUUGGAUAAAUUACUUUGCCGUUUAAAAGAAACCGGACAUCGAGUUUUAAUUUUUUCACAAAUGGUACGAAUGUUGGAUCUCUUGGGUGAAUAUUUAUCACUUAGACGUUUUGCCUAUCAACGUUUGGAUGGCUCGAUUCGCGGUGAAUUUCGUAAGCAAGCGCUCGAACAUUUCAAUGCUGAAGGUUCGCAAGAUUUUUGUUUUCUUCUAUCGACUCGAGCCGGUGGUCUUGGAAUUAAUUUGGCUACUGCCGAUACUGUGAUAAUUUUUGAUUCUGAUUGGAAUCCACAAAAUGAUCUACAAGCACAAGCCCGUGCACAUCGAAUCGGCCAGAAAAAUCAGGUGAAUAUUUACCGCUUGGUUACAAAAGCCUCUGUCGAAGAAGAUAUAAUCGAACGAGCUAAACGCAAAAUGGUUCUCGAUCAUCUAGUCAUCCAACGAAUGGACACAUCAGGACAUACCUUCAUGUCGUCCUCCAAUAAUCUUACAACUACCCUUCAAGAUACCAACAAUUCUACCAAAACAACGCCGUUUAAUAAAGAAGAGUUGAGCGCCAUUCUUAAAUUUGGUGCCCAAGAAUUAUUCAAAGAAACGGAAACUGAUAAUGAAGAACCUCAAUGUGAUAUUGAUGAAAUUCUAAAACGUGCCGAAACUCGUGAAGACGAUGAUGGCCCACAAACGCUUGGUGAUGAAUUGUUAAAUUCAUUUAAGGUUGCAUCGUUCAAUUUUAAUGAAGAAGAAGAUGUACAGGCAGUUUCAUCAGGCAUUACAUCUGGUGAACAAAAUCAAAAAGAUUGGGAUGAAAUCAUUCCGGAGUCCGAACGUAUUAAAUUCGAAAACGAUGAACGCCAUAAAGAAGAAAUUGAAAUGAUGGUACCACGUUGCCGUAAUAAAUCCAGAAUGGAUCGUGGACACGGAAAUCAAUCGGAUUCGUGUGAUGAAUAUGAUCCAAACGCUAAAAAUGAAUCUGGCUCUGAUGAAUCGGAUGGUGAUCGACCAAGACGACGUGGCCGACCAAAGUCAUCAUACAAAGAAUUGAUUAAAGGAUUUAGCGAACAAGAAGUUCGACGAUUCAUUAAAAGCUAUCGUAAAUUUCCGACUCCUAUGAAUCGACUAGAAUCGAUUGCGAUUGAUGCUGAAUUGCAGGAAAAACCACUUCCAGAUUUACAGCAAUUAGCCAUGCAACUUGAAGAAAGUUGUAGAAUAGCGAUCAAAGAAUCAGAAACAAAAAACCAAUCGCAUGAAUCUGGGACAGCUAAGAAAAAUAAUCGAGGGCCUAGCUUCAAAUUGGGUGGUGUAACUGUUUUUGCCAGAGGCAUUUUAUCCACACAGAAAGAUCUGGAACCUUUGUCCAUAAUGUUACCAACGAAUCCGGAAGAAAGAAAAAAAUGGGUGUUGACUGGAAUCAAAAUCAAAUCUGCAAGUUGGGAUUGUCCAUGGACAAUUGAAGAUGAUUCACGAUUAUUAGCUGGUGUGUAUGAAUAUGGUUUAGGCAGUUGGGAAGCUAUCAAAAUGGAUCCUAGUUAUAAAUUAGCCGAUAAGAUGUUGCCUGACGGUGACCGGAAACCACAGCCUAAACAGCUACAAUCUCGUGUUGAAUUUUUGUUGAAAAUAAUGCAUCGUCAUCUUGCACCACAACAAAAAACCAGUGUAGAAUCAUCACAAAUAAAUCAUGUUAUUACUACAAAGAAUAAAAACAACAAAACUAAAAACAAAGAAAGCAUUAAAUUGGCUUCUCCUUCAUCUCCAUCAUCAUUAUCAACGAAAAAAAAUUCGUCUGGAAAGAAUAAAAAUAAAUCAGCGGUUAAUGGUACGCCGGAAAAUAAAAAACAUAAAGAAAAGAAAAAACGCAAAGAUAAAAAACGUAAAAAAGAAAAAAAAUCUUCAUCAUCGAUCACAAAUCAAACAUCGAAAAAACAACAUUUAUCCGAUUCUGCAGCCGACAGUACGACAACAAAUUGUUCAAACUACUCUAUUCGUUCAGUUGACGAGCUCAAUGAUGAAAUAUUUAGCGAAUGUAAGGAAAAAAUGCGUGCAAUGAAAAAAACUUUGAAAGCAUUAAACAAAGUAGAAGAACUAUCCAACUCGGAACAUCGUGAACGUUUUUAUGAAUAUGUUUCAUUGAUUGGUGCCCAUAUUGACAAAUGUCUACUUGAUUAUAAUCAAGAUUCGACCAAAAUGCGUGAAUGGCGUAAUAACUUAUGGACAUUUGUUUCGAAAUUUACCGAUUUGCCAGCUAAAAAAUUGUAUAAACAUUAUAGGAAAUUGAAACAAACCAAACAAGUGUCAUCUUCGAGCCAUCAUCAUGAUCGUCAUCAUCAUUAUCCGUCAUCAAAAUCAUCGAGCUCGAUGGAAAAAGGACUAUCAAUGAAUCAAGCUGGAUCAUCGGCAACGAAUCGCAUGAAUGAACAUUAUCAUCAUUCAAAUGAUAGAUAUGAUAAUCGUAUGUCGAUGAAUCGAGGAGGUGGGGAUUAUCGUAAUUCUUCGAAUCAUCAAUAUCCUCGACAACCUCCAUCUCUAACGCCAGGACAAUCAUCCGGCUUGAAACGAGAUUAUCAUGGUUCCAAUGUUAGCAGCGGACCUAUUGCUGGAAUCGGCGGUGGUCCCCCUGUCAAGUUUAGUAAACAUUCAUAUCAUGAUCGUCGUAGUGAUUAUGAUCGAAGUAGUGGUGGCCAUCAUGGCGGUUCCUCAUGGUCAUCAAAACAUGAUGGAUAUAGAAACAAUAGCAGCGGAACAGGUGUUUAUAAUGAUUCCAAUCGAUAUUAUCAUCAUUCAUCAUCGCCUAAUAAAAAUAAUACGCCAUAUAAUAAUCGGUCUAAUGAUCAUCAACAAAGGCCAUAUGAUCAACGCUCACAACGUCCACCUAAUAUGGCACCUAUGGGAUAUAAUCGUCAUUUACCACCACCACCACCAUUACCACUUGUGGGAACAACUACUAAUUUAUAUCCAUCUAAUGGUGGAGCAUCUUCUAAUCCUCAUAUGCAUCAUCAUCAAUCUUGGAAUUCUGGUGGAUCCACACCGGCCUUAUUGCCAACACCGCAACCUAUUCAGCCGGCAAUUAUAUCAUCGCCAAAUAGCGUCCCACGAUAAUUUUUUUUUAUAAUGCAACAGACGCAACAAUAGUCUUCUUUUAAAAAAAAAUUUUGUUGCUAUCUUAAAUUUUUCAUAAAAAAAUCGAUACGAUGCAUAUUGUGUAAAACUCAUUAAAAUUUUUGUUAAUUUUUAUUCAUUUAUAC